AUGGACUAAUAAUUAGAUUUAGAUACAAACAGAGACUCUGUAAAAGAUUCUAAAAUAAAAGAAGAUUUCGACAUCUUAACGCUAUUGAAUCAAAAGUAAGUGGUAGAAUGGAUAAAAUAAUAUGUAUGCAAAGCUUUAGAGCAAGCACCUCAGGAAAGUAAUCUAAAAGAUUUAAAUGAUAAAGUGUUGGAAAAAGAUAUUAAGAUAUCAAGGCCUAUCCAUAGAAAGUUAAAAUUAGAAGCAUUUAAAGCAAUUUUAAGCCAAUCUUUUAUCAAAAAACUCCCUUAAAAACCUUAAAAAGAAUGGAAUACAGAAUAACUCUUAAUUUGGAUUAAUAGCUGUCUAUCAGAUUUAAAGUUAAGCACAGAAUAAAUUAAUAACAUCAUAUCUUAGCAAAUGAAUGAGUAAGAUAUUGAUGAUAUUAAUGCUCUUACUUUAAGAGAAGUGAUUAACAUAGAUUAGCAACAACAAAUAUCUUUAAUUUUAGAAAGCGAUAAAACAUUGUAAUAAUAGAGCAAUUUAGAUAAGGAAAGCAAACAACAAUCAAUUAACUAAGUCAAUAAUAUUGAAAAAAAAGAUGAUAAUACUACUGAAAGUCAAGAAUUCAACUAAAACAAUUUGAAAGCAACUAAUUAAGAUUAGGUAAAUCAUGAGAAUAAAUCAGAUCUAUUAAUCAAAUAAAAUUAAAAUGAAACUUAAACUAACAAAGAGCACAAAGCUAAGAAUUAAUAAUACCAUGAUGCAAAAAGCAACUAAAAGAAGCAAGAUACUUAAAAGAGAGUACACAAAGAAGAACAAAAUGCUACUAAAAAGUAUAAGUCAUAUAUAAAAGAUUAAGAAAAUAUAACUUUUUCUCAUUUUCUCCUACUAAAUGAGGAAUAAAUUGCCAUGUAUAAUUAAAAUUGCGCAUAAAAUGAAAAGACUUUUACAUUUUAUUGCUUAUUUUCCUAAUUUAAAAAAAAUGACCUUUUGAAAUUAGUUUUAUUUAAAGAUAAAUACUUUUUUAAUGUGAGAACAUAGGAAAUUUUAUUAGAAAAGUAAAUGGAGUUAAUACCAAGCACAAAUAUAUACUACACACACAUUAAUCUAUAAGAUUAAUAGAGUAUUAAGUAUCGUUAUUAACUUGAAACUUAUAGUUCUGAAAAGCUGAAGUUUGUUGAAAGUGACUUUAUAGAAAGAAGCUCCCAUCUAUUAAACUAAAUUGAGAGGAUUAUAUUUGAUACGCCUUAUAGAUUUGGUAAUUAGUUUGAUUAAUCUAGAUAUAUGCUUUAAUCAUAUACCUUUUUGUAUGCAUAAAAUUGUGACAUUGUUUCUGCCUAAUUUUUCUAGUAACUACUUAAAUUUAUUAAGUGUGUAGUGGCUAAUAAAUUUGAUUAAUAAAGUCUUAUAAUUUUGCAAGCAAAUAAUGAAGAUUUUAAUAGGAUAUCUUAGCUUAAAAAAAUAAUUUAUACUGGUGCAUUACAGUAAUUUAAAAUUCUUAAAAAAUUUAAAAUUAAUCUAGAUUAUCAAAUAAGCAUUUAAGAAGCUUAAGCAUAAUAUCAAGAAUUUAAAAAUUUGCCUGAAGAAAUGAAAAAAAUGUUUGGCUUAGGUUUUUCACAUUUGGUAAAAAAAGACUAAUUACUUGAAGCUCUAAGCCUACCAAAAGAAAUGAGAAGUUACAUCGAAGAAUCAACAUGGAAUUUUUAAAUUUACGCUUUACCUAAUGACAAUAUAAUCGAAUAAAUUAAUUUUGAAUCAAAUUUGUAUUAAGAGUUUAUUGAGUAUUUCUAAGCAUAAACAUUUUUAAUCCAAAAGUAACUGAUUCUUUGUGAAGAAAUUAGACUAAUUGUCUUGUAAAAUGAAAAUUUUAUCUCAUUAAGUAUUAAAAUACUUGAAAAGAAUGCAGAUGAAGAAGAAGCAGCAGCAAUUUAAUUAGAAGAUAAAAUCAAAAUUGUGAUUGAUGUUUUAGAAAAUUUCAAAAGAUAACCUAAAAGUGUUUUUAAAAACUAACUUACUAAAUUAUUAAGCAUGCUCAAUAACGAAAUGCUUUCUAAUCAAUAAAUUGGAAAUAAGCUUAAAAGUGUAAUUUAAUUUGUUGGUUACCAAGAAUGCUAUGAAUUUAUUUCAUCAAUUAAGUUUAAUUUGAAAAACGAAAUGCUUGAAGUAGCUUUAAUUUAAUCUAUGAUUGCAAUUUUAAAAGAUGCCAACUUAAAUACAAAUGAAAAUUCGAUGCACUUUUAACAAAUUGUGAACUCAAGUUUUUUUUAAAUUCUAAAUUAAAGGAGCCAAAAUGAUUUAUUAGUGAAGCUGUUUGAUAUGAUCACUUCUCUUUUAACUUAAAAUGAGGAAAAGUUUAAACUUAUUGAUGAUUAAAAUUUCUUAGAUAACCUUUGUAUUUUAAAAAAAUUUGAUUUAAUUACAAAAUGUAUGAUACCAAAUCAAAUUUUGGAAAAUAUCAAUACAAUCUUAACAAAUUUUAGAUAAAAAUAGAUAAAAUUAUAGGACUUAAGAAGACUAUCACAAGUAAACUACAAAAAACUAUUGACUUUUUUGGAUGUUCUUAACCUUUAAUAAGAUGACAACUCACUGGAAUAAUCUCUAAAAUAAAUAAUUUAGUAUGAUAACUAUAUGAUAGGUUUAAAGCAGUUUGCAUACUUUAUGGAAAAUUUAGAGAUACCCAAUUAUAAACAAAUGGGAUAAUAAGUAAAAGACUACUUUGAAAAAAGUUAAAAUAUGUACCUAGAAGAAUUCACAGCUAACAAAAAAAGCGAGAAAUAAUACAAAUGUUUGGAUUUUCUUUACAAAUUUAAUCAUAUUCCUUUAGUAUACAAUUUCAUAAAAACCAAUUUAGUUAGCCUAAAUGAAUAAAUAAGACCUAAAAGUGAUUUAGAGUUAGAUCAAAAAAUAAUUGAACUAAUACAAGAAAUAAGAAAUCAUUUAAUUAAAAUUAAUUGUUAUAAAGAAGAAAAUGAUUCUUUAACUAUAAAAGAGGCCUUUAGAUUUUGGGGUUACACUUUUAAAGAUAAUUAUUCAUAAAAUAAAAAUGAUAUUUUUAAAUACAUUUAUGAUUUGUAAAUUUAUUUCAAUUAAAAUGACUAAUUAAAUCUUUAAAUAAAACCAGAAAAUGAUUUUAUCUCAGAAAUUAUAGAUACAUCUUAAUUCUAAUAAAACAAAUGCAUAAUUGAGUAAAUUUACAAUUUAUUUGGGAUAAUAGAAUUUCAAUAAAUUUAAAAAUAUAAAGAAAACUAUUAAGAAUUACAGAAAUUAAUUUACUAAAUCUAAGAAUUUGAUGAAUCAGCUAAAUAAGAAGAAUAAUUAUUUAAAAUAUUUGCAGCUUAAGUAUGCUAUUAUUUAAAUAGAAUUUUAUAAUUUUUGCCUAAUGACUGUAAAUCUGAUAUUUUUAACUUUUUAUCUGUAGUAAAUUAGACGAAGAAGCUAAUUGAGUAUUUGAACCAACUAGACAGAGAUAAGAUAUAACUAGAAGAUUUAGUUGAUGUAAUUGAUGACACAAGUAUGGAAACAGAUGCAUUAGUACAAGAAAUGAUGAACGUAAGAAAUGCACUUUAAUUUGUUAGAUAAGGAGAAGAUGAUAAAGAAAAUCUUAUUAAAUGUUUUGUAAGCAGAAAUCAAAAAUAUAAAUUGAAUUUAAAGAAAAAUUAUAAGUUAGAAAGUACCAUAAAUAGAUGUAUAGAUAACUUGGAUGAUAUUAGCUUAAAAAUAUAAAGUUAAUCAGAUAAAUCCACAUAAAUACUCUAAACAAUUAAAAAUCUUGAAAAAAGUAUUACAAUAUCUAUAGAAAGGUUAGAGAAUUUAAGUGAAUCAUAGCUCUUGUUGACUACUUAAAGAGAAAUCAAUUAAAAUUUGACAGACCAUGCUUUUAAUUUUGAUGAUUUUAACUUACUUUGUAAUAGAUUUAAGCUAAUUAUAAGUAAUAAAAAAUACACAUAAUAAUAACAACCAAAAGAGUAAUAGAUAUCAUAAAAUUCUAAAGAAAACAUUUAUAACAAUUUAAUCUUAGUGUUGCAAUUAUCUGAGUAAAUUAGAUUAACUUUAGAUAAUUUAAAGAAUUUAGGUUGCACAGAUAUAGCAGAUGCAAGAUAUUUAGAAAAGAAUAGUUUAAAUUUGAUUAUCCCUUAAUUGAGUGAGGACCUAGAGUAAUUUAAAUAAAAAAACUAAAACCACAUUAUAAAUCUUACUUUAGCAAGAUAAAAAUAUCUAAGUCUUAACUUUUAUCCACCUUAUUCAUUUGAACUUGUGCUUAAACUCAAGGACUGCUUGAAUGAUCAAAAUUAAUCCAAAUUUUAUCUCAACUAAUUAAGCAAAUUGACUUUAUUUAUCGAUGAUAGUAAACAACCAAAUUUAGAGGAAUUUAAGAAAUUUCUUUAAGAAUAAUAAGUAAAAAAUGAUAUUUAGGGAAUGGAUUUGUAUGGACAUGCAUUAGAUAUAUUACUAAACCUCCCUAAGGUAGAAUAUGUUGAAAAAAAGCCUUAAUAAUUAGAUAAAAUUACACAGGGGUUCUAGAUAGAAUGUAGAAGAAUUAAGUCACAUAGCUUAUUAUUAAAGAGCAUAAUUACUAUAUUUUUGGCUCAUAACUAAAAGCCUACAUCAUGGUAAAUCUUCUUUUGCUCUCCUAAAACUCACAUACUUGAUUUAGAAUAAUUUGCAUAUCUUGCUAAAAAUUCAUAAAAAAAUGAAACCUACAAAAACAAAAAUCCUCUAUUCUUGAUUUGCUAGUUUGAAAAUUUAUCAAUCACCAUAUAAAGGUAAUUCAUUGAUAAGUUAACAGAAAUGUAUGAAGAAAAAGAGAAAAUCAACCUUUUAAUAAUUUAUGUAGGAAAUUUCGAAGAUGAAAACUCUAUGCAUAUUUUGUAGCAAUUUAAAUAUGCCUUUUAGGUAGAUUCAUAAUUAAUGAAUUAUGAUUUAGUUUAAUAUACUAAUAUAGAGAGUUUAAGUAAGAUAUCUUUACAUCUUUCUAAGUACUCUGGAUUUGGUAAAACAUUCUAAAUAAAGAAAAGAUGCCAACAAAAUAACUAAAAGCUAAUAGAAAUUCCUAUUUAUGGUGAAACAACAAAAUUAGAAUUAGUCAGCCUAAUUUAGAAGAAAUUGGAAGUUAUAGAAAGUAAUUAAGCUUCCUUAUAUAGGCUUCAUCUCAAUCUUUACGAUUUAAAAUCUGAUGAAAUUCAUAGCAUUCUCUUUUAGCUUUUAAUACUCAGAAAACUAAACUAUUCUUCAUCAUACUUUGCACAAAUACCACCUUAAAUGGAAAUUGAAAUAGAAAUUUAAAAUACAUUUUUAGAUGUGCUAGAAAAUAAAGUUUAAUACUUAAAAGACUAUAUCCACUCUAAUAAUAUUUUUAAGUAAGAAUUAAGAACAAUACAUAUAUAAUAGCCCGUAGCGAAAUCUAUUUAUGGAGCUGAUUUAGAUAUGCUUGAAGUAAUUGAUAAUCCAAAUAUUAAAUAUGAAGAUAUUUAGCUUUCUUUAUAAUAUCUCAGGAAUGCUUCAAAAAUAGCCUCAUUUCAAAUCGAAAAUUUUGAAAAUGAAGCCCAACUUAGAUAAUAUUUACAAAAAAAUCAAGUUGAUAAAAAAGAAGCUAUUUAAUUGAUUAAGGAUCAUUUUCUUUAUCAAGUUGAGGACAAUUUCUCAUUUUAUCAUAUAAUUUGCAUACUAAAGUUUUUCUGCAAGUAGGUAGUACUCUUUCACAAAACUAUUUAUCUUAAUCUUGACAAUCUUAAUUACUAACAAAUCAAUACAUCUUUAAGAGAAAAAGUGUUUUAAGGAAUUAUUAAAACUUCAGUUCCUUAUUCAUGCUAAAUUAUGUCAAACAACUUUUUGACCAAGGAACAAGAAGCAAAGAAAGAAAACUUACCUUACUUUGAAACUCUAGAAUAGAGAAACAAAAAUAUCAAAGGUUGGGAUGAUAACCUGGAUCAUUCUAAUGAUUUCUUUUUAACAAUCAGCUAAAGUGGAAGUAUUCUUCCUAUAUUCUAAAAAAUUUAAUCCGUCCCAAAAUAUCUUUUGGAUUACUGCAACCAAAUAAAUAGUAAAAUUUAAGACUGGAAUGAUUUAUAAAAUAUUAGAGAUAGUGUUCUUAUCAAUUUAUGUACUUCUGCAAGAAAUAUUAAAAGAGUUGAAGAGGAAAUAGCAUCAAAGUAUAGUGACAUAGCUAUAACAAAAACUAUUGCUAGAAAGAUAUGUUUCUUAUAUAUUAAAAUAAAUAGUGAUAUUCCGACAUUGAUUAUGGGAGAAACUGGUGUAGGUAAGACUAUUAUAGUUAAAUAUUUAUCGAGUCUUAUCAGCAGCGUUGUGUUUACUUUAGACGUACAUGCGGGGUUAACUCAAAAUGAAAUAAUUAAGUGGGUUUAAGUAUUAAUUUAGCUUAGCUACUUAGAUAUAGACUAAUGUUAAAAGAGAAUAGAAGAGCUAGAUUAAAAUUUGUUGCUUGAUCCUGAGAAUGAGGAUUUAAAUAAUGAAAAAAAAUAGGUAACUUAAUUUUAUGAAUUUAAAGUCAACCAAUAAAAAGAAAGAAAAGAUGAUUUAAAUGAUUAAAAGGUUAUUUUAUUUUUUGAUGAAAUUAAUACAAAUUAAAACAUAGACGGAAUUCUAAAAGAAUUAUUAGUAGAAAAAAAAAUCUAGGGAGAACCUCUACCAGAUAACUUUGUACCUAUUGCAGCUGCUAAUCCAUAUAAAUUUAAAACAGCAAGAGAUUAAUAGGAAAAUACUGAUUCUCUCAAAAUUAGUAGUUGCGAAAAUUAAUAAACUUCGAAAUUAGUAUAUCAUGUAUAUCCUUUAGCUGAGUCAAUGAACACCUUUAUAUGGUAGUUUGGAGAGCUUUUACCUGAAGAUGAAGCAAAAAUUGUAAGCUAGAUGGUAUUGAAUACCGCUGUAGAGAAUAAUUUUAUUACCAACUUUUAGUAAACACUUAUACAGACAAUUACAGGGUGCCAAGAGUUUUCUAGAAAAAAAUAAUCAAUUAGAUCUGUUAGUUUAAGAGAUGUUUCUAGAUUCUUAAAAAUUUUUAAAUACUUUAAUGCAGACCCAGCUUGGAAUAAAGACCUUUCAGAUUCGCUUUUGUUAUCAGUAUUUUUUAGUUACUAUUGCAGAUUUAACAACACAAAUCUUAGAGAUGAACUUUGCACUUAUCUAGAAAAUGAAAAAAAAGUAACUUAUUCUGAACAUAGAAAACCAUUUGUACAUAAUGUCAAAAAAAUUGUUAAUGAAUAAAUGGAUUUAUUAUAGGGUAUCUUGUAAUAUGGAGAUUUUUAUAAAUCAAUUGCUUUUACAUCUACAUUAAAAGAAAACCUCUUCAUGCUUUUAAUAUCAGUCCUUAACAAUAUUCCAAUAAUUAUGGUUGGUCCUCCUGGUAGUAGUAAAACUUUGUGUACAAGGCUCUUAUAUAAUUCUAUGAAAGGUAGUAAAUCUGAAAUCAAAUUUUUUAAAAAACUCCCAAAUUUAAUUUAUAAAACAUAUUAAUGUUCAACUCUUUCUACUUCAGAAAGUAUUUAAAAGGCUUUCAAAUAAGCUAAAAAGUUAGAUAAUACCAUUAAGAAAUCAAGUAAUGAAACAUAAGAUGGAGCAAGAAAUAUAGUAGCCUUAAUAUUAGACGAAAUAGGGCUUGCAGAGGCUUCUAAAUCGAAUCCAUUAAAAGUCCUUCACAGAUUGCUUGAAUACUAGCAAAAUGUGCCUAUGAUUGGACUGUCAAACUGGUCCCUUGAUGCAUCAAAAAUGAACAGAGUAGUUUUUUCUAAUAGACCAAAGUUAUCUGAAGUGGAAUUAAUAGAAGCUGCAAUUGCUCUCCAAAAAAGGAUAAAUCCAAAUUCUGAAUAUUGCUUAAAUGUUGUAAUCAAUUUGGCAAAAGAUUCAUUUCGUUACUUUUCACAAGAUAAUAAUAAAACAUACUUCCAUGGAACAAGAGACUUUUAUAACUGUGUAACAUUCAUUUGCAAUAACCUAAAGAACCAUAAUGAGCACGAAUAAGAUAAGACUCAAAAAAUUUUGUUAGCAGGUAUUUUAAGAAAUUUUGGAGGUUAAAUCGACAUAAAUGAGACUUUAGAUCAUUUUAAGUUAAGUUUAGGAUAGAGUGGUCAAUAAUUGUAUGAUUUUAACUUAAAUUUAUUUAAUCCAACAGAAUUGAUUAAGAUGAAUAUUGAUGAUAAAAAUUAUAGAAAUUUAAUGAUUAUUGCUAAAAAGCCAGAUCAUGCUUUAUAAUACACAGAAAGACUAUGCAAGGAUAGACUUUACAAAGUAUUCUAAGGAUCUGAUCUUUAAGAUGAUUUCACAGAGUACAACAGUCUAAAAAUGCUAAACGAAAUUAUUACUUGUAUGGAAGAAGGUUAUUUAGUAAUUAUGUACAGUCUAGAAAGUUUAUACCAAUCCUUUUAUGAUUUGUUCAAUUAAAAUUACGUUGAAUUAGGAGCCAAAAACUUUUGUAGAAUAGCAAUUGGUUCUGAUUCAAUUAGAAGUUAAGUUCAUCAGAAUUUCAAAGUCAUAAUAAUAGCACAAUCUGAUGAUGUUUAUGACUAAAGAUAAAAUUAUGAUCCACCUUUACUAAAUAGAUUUGAAAAGCAAUAUCUUGAACUGAAAUUUUUAUUAAAAAAAAAUGAAGUUUCUAUCAAUAAAGAAUUAAAUUAAUUUGUUCAAAGUAAUACAGAAAUAAAAUCUGAUAGAAGAUUGUUAGCACAUAAGAUCUAAUGGAAUUUUGGUGUUUAAGAUAUGUUCCCUAUUAUAUAAAGUGAUAAUCUAGAUGAAUUCCUUUUUUCAUUAACGCUAAAAAAUAAUGAUGAAAAUGAUGAUGUAAAAAGAGUUAUAAAAUCAUAAUAUGAAUUAGUGGAUUUGGCUAACUUUAGUGGAGUUGUUAGAGCUCAUUACUUAAAAAGAUUGGAUACUAAGUUAUACAAUUACUACUUUAAUUCUUUAAAUCACUUUAAUUUUAGAGAUAUCCUUGAUAAAUUAACAAAUCAGAAGAAACAUUAGCUAAUCCUUAACAAUAACAUUGAUGGUGAGCCUAACUAUUUUGAAGAAGAUAAAAAUGAUAUGAGUAGUAACUAUUUGGAAAAUGGUGAAAUAGAAUAAGUAAAUAGAUUAAGCGAAAAUUUAAUCAUUUACACUACAGAGUAUAAAUAUCAAAAUGAUUCUAAUUAGAGUUUUAAGUAAAAAACUUUUAUGGAGUUAGAAGUUAAAUGGUUAGAAAACAUAGAAAAUCUUAAAUAAUAAGUCAAAUAAUUCUUUGGUAGCGAAGUUUUUGUUAAUUUAAUCAUAAUUUCUAGUGUAUCAGACUCAAUUACUAAACUCUUGUAUAUUAAAAGGAUUUUAUAAGAGGAAAGAAAAAUUUAUGAGUAGAAUCAGAUGUCAGAAUAUAUAGAGUAAAGCCCUAAAAAUUUGAUUUUAGUCAUACAAUUAAUUAAUUAACAUACUAAAUUUGUUGGCAUUAGCUUUGAUAAGUUUUGGUAGUAAAUCUAUCUAGAGGAUACUUCUAUUCCAUAAAAUAACUAUGAUAAUCUCCAGAGCUACUUAUAGCCUAUAUCAGUUGUUUUGAAGAAUUUUGAAAAUGGAAUUUAUCAUUAAAUAUAAUAAGAUUGCUUUCCCAAAAUUUUAGGAAAUUUUAAUUUUGAAAAAUAAGAUUUAACACAAGAAAGCAUAAAAUAAAGAUUGCAAAAAUACAUUAAAAUAUUUUAAUUAGAAUCCGAUUGCAAUUUAAAUUUAUUUGUCAUAAAUAAAAUUAUCGAAAAAAUUGAAAAAAAGUGCUGUGUUAUUUCUAAUAUAUAUGGCAAAUGUGAAUGGUACCAUCUAGUUUCGCUUAAGGAUAAGGAAAAUAGAAACAACAAUAAAUUUAUUACUAGUUUGAAAUAAUUUAUUUUCUAAGAAUCACUAGCUAUUUUGACUAAAAUGUUGUACUUAGCAGAGAAAAAUAAUAUUAUUUCUUCAUUCAUGUGUGAUCAGUUUAAUUUCUAAUAAUAAGAUAUAAACUAGAUAUUUUAAAUUUUGAUUUAAAAAUAUGAUGAGCUCUCAGAAGAGGAUAAAUUCUGCGAUUAAAUAUAAAUAAUUCAAUACCCAUUUUUUAACAAUAUAAAAUCUUCAAUUGAUUAAUUUAAAUAAAUAUAUUUAGAAAUCACAAAUGAUAUUUUCUAAAUUGAAGAUAGAAAAUAAAUCAGGAUAAGUGGAGGUAGUUAAGAAGAAGAGCAAAAUACUGAUGAUUAAAAUAAUAUAGAAUCCAAUGAAAAAUAAAUAUAAUAUUAACAGAAAAAAAGAAGAUAAAAUAUUAAGGAAAUUAGUAAAAUAUUAAUUAACUUAACCUAAUUUAAUGAUCCUAUCCUUAGAUAUAUAUCAUCAAUUAAUCCACUUCUAUAUUUCGAAAAUUUGCAUAAUGAAAUUGAAUAUUAAUGGACUGAAAGCAACAUAGUUAAAAGAAUAACUAGAAAAAUAAUCUAGGUAUUGGGCGAAGAAAAAGUAAUAGAGUCAUUUCACUCUAUUUUAUGGAUUAACGAAUAAAUUUUUAUUGAGUUGUGUCCUGUUUGGAUAUUGUGUGAAGAAGAAUGCUCAAAAUCGUUAUUUGAAGAAAUAUACUAGUAAUUCGAGUAAAGAUUAGAAUAGAUUCUAUUAGACCAUAUUGAGGAAAUAGAAAAAUAUAAUAAUAAAAAUUAAAAUAACGAUGAAGAAAAAAAUAAUUAUGAUGAUAAUGAUGAAGAACAGGAAGGUUUGAACAUAUUAGAAUAAAUAUGGAGUGAAAUUUUUACUUUUUCUUCAAAUAUAUUAGAACUCUUUGUUAUUCCAAAUGAUGAGGAUAAAAUAUAAAAUUAUUAAUAACAAAUUUAUAAAUUGGGAAUUUUAAAGAAGUGCAUAUAUACUGUAUACAAUUGUUCAAGCUCCUAUGAACUACUUCCAGAAUAAAUGAUGCAAUAAAUGAGUAAAUUUAACUUUAUCCUUAAAUUAUCUGAAUGCUUCACAUAAGGCUAAGAUUUUCUAUCUUUGAUAUAACAGCAAAUAUAAAGCUAAAAUAAUGGGUUUAAGUUUUUAAAUAUUUAAAACUACUAAAAAAUCAAAGAUAAUUUUAUCUAGAUUUGUGAUAAAUAAAAAGUAAAUGAGUUAGUUUUGAGACUUAUUUGGUAGUUACUGAAGUGCGAUCAUUUUGAAGAGGAAUUUGAAAAUUUUGAUGAUGAAAUACUUAAAGAUAUAAUAUUAUCAUUAUCAAAUUUACUUAUAACAAUAAAUUAUGAAAAUAUUUCUAAAAAUUAAGAAGAAUCUCAUUACUACAUUUUAUCUAAAAGAAUUUUAUAGAUAAUUAUCUAAAAAAUGUAUUAAAACUUUGAUGAAAAUGAAGAAGAAUAAAUUGAAAACUUGCUUGAACCAAAGCGUAAUCUAAGUUUUUAAAAAAUGUAAAAAAUAUUUGAAGAGUCAGGGAUUCAGAAGAUUGAUCCCAUUUGCUCUUUAAUUGCAGAUAUUAUUUAAGAAUACAAUUAUUACACUCCUGAAAAAUUUUUGAAUUAUAUUGGUAAGGAUGAAGAUGACAUCGAAGAAACUAAAGUUGAAAGAAUGGGAAAAUUUUUACAAAGAUUAAACUAAAAUUCUUAGAAUAAAGUGUUGAUAAAUAUCAUUGAAUUUAAAAUAUCUUAAUAGUUAUGCUAAACUGUAUGCAAAUUCAUAAAUGAAGCUUAUUUAUUUAAUAAAAAAGAAGAGCAAAUAUAUUAAAAGGUUAAAAUGACAAUAGAAUAGGAUUAUAAUUAAGAUAGAGUCAAAAAAAAUAGGAUGAUUGAAAUGUUAAAUAAAACUCUUCUAGUUACAAUUAAUUAAAAUGAAUAAAUUAAUCCUAUUCUUCCUAUUAUUUUAGUGAAAAUAUUUAAAAACAUUUAUAAUUUUAAAAGUGUUAGUGUGCUUUCUCCUUAUUUAGAAGCCUUUAAAAAUGAAAUGUUUUUAGAAUCAAACUAAAAUGAAAAUAUUUGGGAUAAUAACUUAGAAUCGCUGGCAGCUGAAUUCAAUAAUGAUAUAAAAAUCAAUAAAAAGCUAACAAAUUUAAAAAAAGAAAUAGAAAACCAAUUGCAUAAUUUGCCAAUCCUUUAAUAUAAUUUGACAAAACUUAUUUCACAAAUUAUAAUAGAUAAAAAUAAAUAAGAAAUUGAUUUAAUGAUUGAAAUUCUUAAUGAGUUAAAUUUAAAAUUUAUAGAUACAAAUUUGAUAACAGAAAUCUACAGAUUAUAUUUAGAUUUAUUACAAGAAAAUCAAUACUUUUCAAUAGAAUUAUAAUAGUUGUUUGUUAUCAACCUUGUUAUGACAACAUUUUUAAAUGAAGAUUCAUUUAUAUCAAAGAUGUACAAAGGAAAGAUCAAUAUCGAGACUACAUUUAUACCAUUUAUGGUAGAUAGCGAUGAAAUCUUAAAUAUAUAAGAUGAACUUAAAAAUUACUCUGCUAUAAGAAGAUAUUAAUGCAAAAAUUGUAUAAAGCAGUAAAUAAAGCCAUUCAUUUAUACUAUUACACCAUGCUGCUUGCCAUCAAAUUUAAUAUAGUGUCCGUCUUGCAAAAUACAACCUAAAUUGGAGGAUCAUUAUAGCCUGGAUAUUGAACCACCUCCAACUGCUUUUGGUAAAUAAGAACCUAUAUUCGUCAAAAAAAUUGGUGAUUAUCCAGAUUAUAGUUACUACUAUAAUAGGCCUAAUUUUCCUUAUACUUGUGAUGUUUAAACAAUAGAUAAUUUUUUAUAAAGUAGAGGAAGAGUUGAUCCUGGAUUUUAGCAAUCUUUUUCUCUGAUAUAAAUAAAACAAAUUAGAAAUUUAGUGGAAAAAGAAUAAAUUUUAUUAGGACGAAUUUUUAUGCUUUCAAUUAUUUGCUUUUACUGCCAUCUAAUAAAAAAGUAAAAAGGCUAGGAUGAAGUAAAUAAACAAUUAGGACUAAGCUCCCCAAACGAUGUAUUUAAAUUAAUUUAUUCCAAUGCAUAAGUAGGCUAAAUACAAUAAAUUUCAUCUUGGGAUCUUCUUGUUUAAGCAACACAAACUAAUCCAUAGAAUUUAUUGAUUUAUUUUAUUGUUAAAAUUGUCAAAAAUUUUAUUAAUAAAUAAUCUUCUUGGGAUUUUACAGAUAAACUUAACUUUAGCUUAGACGAAAGUAGAAUUUAAUUUGAAAGUGAAUUUGUUGAUAAAAUAUUGGAAUCAAAAGAAAUAGUAAACAUUAAAAAAUUUACUCAAUAGCUGUAAUAAAAAAGAUUAAAAAAUAUAAUUUUGAAUUGUAGUAUUGAUUAAUUACCAGAUUAAUUUUAAUAUUUAAAAUAAUAUAAACACCUUUUAAGAUUAAACCCAAUAAUACAAUAAGAUAACUUUUAGAGAUUUAUAACUUUUGAGUCAGAAGGGAUUUAAUCUAAAUUUUUCUAAAGACUCAUUUACUAUAAAGAGUAAAUUCAUAUUUAUAGUUAAAUAUAACCAAUUUAGAAUUUCAUAAAGAUUUUUAAUUAGAAAAUGUUUGGUAAGAUAACUAGAAAAGAAAGUGCUGAAAUUUAAUUACAUCAGUUUGUAAAAAGUAACCAUUUAGAAAAAGAAUUUGAAUAGUUUAAACAAUCUUGGAAUUAUGUAUAAUAAUAAAUACACAAUAAUAAAAUUUAAAUUGGAGUUGAUUGUGCUACAAUAGAACUUGAUGAAGUAGAGUCUGAAUUAUAAAAAAUAGAUAUACUUUGCUAUUCCGAAGACAAAGCUUCUAGAGGUUACCCACUAUAUUUGCUAAUUAAUUACUUUUAAGUUUAAUAUAAUAAUUUUUUAGAAAUGCUUGAAAAAGAUUUUGGCUAAUUAUUCAGUAAAUUUCAAAGCAAAAAAUUCAUUAUAAUGAACAAAAUGAACUUUUUACCUCCUUAUAUAUUUUCAAUAGGAGAAGAAAAUCAGUUUGCAAAUUAAUUUUUUAAUGAUUAUACUGAAAUGCAAAGUAGUUAUAAUCCUUAUUUGGAAUACGAAAGAUAAGAAAUAUACGAUUUAAAUGAACUUACUUGUGAAUUCAUAGAAGAUUAUUAUCAAAACGUUACUAAGAUGGAGUAAACGAGCAAAUAAGAUAUUGAGAGAGUUUAAUUAACUAAUUUUAGAUUUAAGGGAGAUUAAAAUACAAUAAAUCUUGUUCGAGAAAUAUCUGCUAGAGUCAACUAAGAAGUUUAUCCCUAAAUACAAAAUAAUCCUAAAAUGCCAUUACUUUUUAUUGACUUAUAAAAUAAUGAAACUUGUAUGAGAUUAAUUGAUAUAUUAAAAACGGUUAUGCAAAUUAUAACAAAAAUUAAUGGCAGUUAAAGGUUUUAAGAUCAAAUUGACCUGUUGUAAAUCCUAGAUUACUUUGAAAUCUAAGCUUCAGAUAUAAAUUUCAAAAAAGAGAAAAUAAAGCUAUGUCACUUGCUUAGUAUUUAUGAGUUGGCAGAAAGAAUAAGCUUUGAAAGGCUUUUCUAGGAUGUCAAUCCUUAAUUUAUGCUAGAAUUGUAAAAAAGCUAAAAAGAUGCUUUGAAAUUAUUUUGUGAUCAAUAACCUCAUAUAGAAUUAGAUAUAUUCUAACAGGCUAUAGGAAGAAUGAUUGUGAGAAUUUUAUGCCAAUAAAGUAUUCAGAUGAGCUCAGGACUAGAACUUUUCUAAUUACUUGAAGGAUGUGAAGAAUUUGUGGACUUUUGGGGAAUGGAACACAAAAUCUAUCAUGAAAAAUAGAUCAUGAACUCAGAUUUGAAUAAAAAAUAUAGUAUCUUUACAAGCUAAAGUCCAGAUGUUAUUGUACUAGGUUAAGCAUAUAAUAUGUUUAGAGAAAUUUAAGCUAUUAAAGAUUAAAAAUAAUAAUAGGAGAUAGAGAAAAUAAAUAUCUAACUAAAAAGAGAAUAGAUUGAUGAAGAAAUGAUUCAGAAAGAAUUAAUUUAAGACAAUAAGUUUUUAGUAAAUGACGACAAGAAGAAAAAGUUUUAGUUAAAAAAUAAAAAGAGUUUCAGAUGA